AUAAAGCUGGCAACACUACAAAACAAAAUUUUAGCAUAAAGCCUUCUAAUGCCCUUUAGUUUCAUAUCUCUACGGAAUGUUUUUAUGUUUUACAAAAUUUUUUUGAAUUAAAAAUUUUAAGCAGUUGGCUACCCUUCCCAAGAGUUUGUUUUCAGCGCCACUCUUCUUUAAUAAUUUUAAAAUGGUACUCAUGCUACAAUAAUUAAUUUAUUCUCCUAAUGCUACUCUCUUAUUAAAGAAGUUAUAUUUAACUUAUUUUGCCAACUCUUUUUAAUUAAAAAUGGAUCGUAAUUGGCAACCCUUCAUAUAAAUACCUCCCAUUCAUCUUAUUUAAAACACUUUCAGCUAUCGCUUGCUACCGCUUGGCAUACUAUGAAGAUAAAUCACGCAUUAUGAUGCAACGAUUGACGCGCUACUUCAUGUUCGCCUACUUUUACUACAAUAUCAUACCGAUACUACAACUUUUCGCCGAAGUGAUUUCACAUCAAGAAGUUAUUACAUUCAAAUCUCAGUCGAAUGCCUGGUAUCCGUGGCACAAUCAUAAUCACCAUUCGACCUUUGUCGGUUUCGUCUUUUCUUUUCUCAUACAAGCAUCCGCGGAGUUUGCCGCUAUUUCUUUUAUUAUGAGUGGUGAAUUUCUAUUUUGCUUCCUCAAUACACAAUUACAAUUGCAUUUCGAUUAUUUGACCGGUGCACUGAGCGCUUUGGAUGCUCGUUCGCCGAAUGCACUGUUGCAUUUGAAGACGCUCAUCAACUAUCACAAUCAGCUGUUGCGGUGAGUGGGGUUAG